AAAUCAGAGAUUCAUAGCCGUUUCUCACUCUUUUUCUUCGCUUUCCUUCCCAUAUAAAUUGGCUACCAUAGUUUGAGGCCACUUUGUGUCCUAUCCGCUUCUCAUUAGCUUCUCUUUUUGCCCCCUUGCCGUCUCUGUUUAUUUACGGAUAUAGCAUUCAGGUUAUGAUAGCUUUUAGUGACCGGAAACCUGAGAGCCACCGCACCGCUCCCGCUCUCGGUUUCCCUCGCGUUAGGUUCUUCCGUUUCCGGCGCUUGAGGUAAUCGUCGACUCCGCUCCACCCGUAUUCCCAACAAAGAAAAAAAAACGGAGAAGAGAAGUUCAUUUAUUACUUUUUUUUAUUUUCUUCUUUAUAUUUCUCGUUUGAAUUAUUGUAUAAUACGACACUUGGAAGAUGCCGAAUUCCAAAAAUAAUCGUAAGGAGCAGGAGAAGAACCGGAAGGGUAAGUUAUCUGAAAAGGCGUCGUCGUUUCACGGGAAAUUCCCGACGGUGGCUCCGUCUGAUCUGAGGCGGCCGAAGACGCUGCCCGACCUAUUCUCAGAGAGGACUACUUCCGUCUUACCGGAUGCGAGGCCGAAGUUGACGAAGCUGCUGUUGAACGUGACCAUUCAAGGGAGUCUCGGAGCUGUACAAGUAGUGCUGUCGCCGGAAAACACUGUCGGUGACUUAAUAACCGCCGCCGUUCGUCAGUACUCGAAGGAAGGUCGCCGUCCGAUCUUACCGUCAACGGACGCCUCGCUGUUGGACCUCCAUUAUUCUCAAUUUAGCUUAGAGAGUUUAGAAAGGGGAGAGAAGCUGAUGGCGCUGGGAUCGCGAAAUUUCUUCUUGUGCACCAAAAAGGCGGCGUCAAAGGACGGCGACAAUCCAACGUCGUCGUGCUCCAAAGAAGCGGAGAAGGUUACAAAGAGCGUAAUAAUACCUUGGCUCAAAUUCAUGAAUUUCUAGUUAAAAUAAAAAUGUAAAUUUUUUGUUGCUUUCCAUCAUUUUCGAAUUUCAUUUUUGUAAAAUUAUGAUAAUUAAGAUAGUUGUGUAUUUAGAUUAUGAACAAGAUAUACGUGCGAAAUUGGGGUAAAUUUGCAUGUUGAAUGAUGUUUAUUUGUUUAAAUUAGUUAAUGGAAAAUCUGUAUAGUUUUUUCUA